UUUCCGAACACAUCAGAAUUUUCUUCGUUGGCAACGCAAGCACAAACAUAUGUUUAUAAUAAAAAAACCUAACUAGUGUAAACAAUUGCUACCGCAUAUAUGAUAAGCAUAAUUUUAUACUUUAAUUCAUAAAGAAAUUAUAAAUAUAAAUAAUAUAGGAAUGUCUGAGGAAAUAGCAACGUCUUCGUUUGGUUUUAAAAAGCGUAAUAUAAAAAAACAGGCGGCUAGACGUAAACAAGCCAGCAGUUCAGAUUCAGAUAAAAGUAGUGAAGGUGAACAAACAAGUGCAGUUGUGAGAGCAGAAAAUCGCCGUAAACGUACAAAUCCAAAUUUUCAAAGUACAAAAAUAUUGGGUGGUAAACGUGAUAAAAAAACGCGUCUUGAGGAAAGCAGUACAGAAAGUGAGGAAGAGCGAAAGGUAACUGUUUCUUAUAAAUCAAAAAAAGAUGCACUACCAAGUGGUCCACAAGAUCAAGGUGCAACAGCUGUGCUUGAAUUUGAAACAGAACACGAUAGAGAUGCACAAGCCAUACAUGAAAAAGCGAUAAAAAUCAACGAAGAAUUAGAGGGAAAACCAGAUGAUAAACUAUAUCGUGGCAUAAAUAAUUAUGCACAAUAUUAUAAGAAACAAGAUACAGCUAUGGGUAAUGCUAGUUCGGGUAUGGUACGCAAAGGACCAAUACGUGCUCCAGCACAUUUGCGUGCAACGGUGCGUUGGGAUUAUCAACCAGACAUUUGCAAAGAUUACAAGGAAACUGGUUUUUGUGGUUUUGGUGAUAGUUGUAAGUUUUUGCAUGAUCGUGCAGACUAUAAGGCAGGUUGGCAAAUCGAAUUAGACCACAAUGCACAUAAUCGUGGAGAUUGUGAAUCAGAUGGUGAUGAGAACAAAUAUGAAAUAGCUUCAGAUGAAGAAUCACUGCCCUUCAAAUGUCAUAUAUGUCGUCAAAGUUUUGUAAAUCCCGUUGUGACCAAGUGUAAACACUAUUUUUGCGAAAAAUGCGCUCUGGCCCAGUAUAAGAAAUCACAGCGUUGUUUCGUGUGCACGCAACAGACUAUGGGUGUCUUCAAUCCUGCUAAGGAGUUAAUUGCUCGUCUUAAGAAUGCGCCAGAUAGAACUGAGGUUGGCCAAUCUGAUUCAACGGAUAGUGAUUAAAUUAAGACAAAAUAUAUAAAAUUUUUGAAAAAUAGGUAAACAAUUUGUAAAAAUAAUUUCAUUAACAAAUUAGGAGCAUUUGAUUUAGAUUUGUAACUAUAAACAAAAAAUACAGAUUU